ACCCGUAAACGUCAUCAUCAUGCGCGAGCACCCAAAACAAUGGCCGAGGAAGCUGCAGCCAAGUCGACGAAACGGAUAAUAACGGCUACGGAGGAGCAGCUCCUUCGCCGCCGACAAGAGUUAGACUACUGGAAAAAGAAUGCAACGCGAAUCCGCAGCAGGAACCUGGUGACCGGCUUGUGUAUUGGCGCGUUUGUGGUCGGUAUGUUUGGUUACACCAUCCUGUCCGUCAAACAGGAGAGAAUCCUGGAUGAAAUAGAUGAUGAAGCCAGGAUCCGUAUCAUCAGAGGUCCACGGACCGGUGCCAACUCUUGAAUCCCGUGUUUGCGAGUUGUUUUUGUCAGCCAUCUGAAAUGCUGUCAUGGAAUUAAAUCAAUGCGUCUAUCAAAUA